GAGCAUCGCAUCAAGGGCCUGGACAAAGUUCGCAGUGCUGCUGGCUGGCUCGGAGCUAGAGGGUAGCACGGAGCUUUUGGACGGGCUCGACCCACAGGUCAGGGACUACGCCAGGGUCAAGGUCAUCCGAGACAACAUGGCUUUUCAUCGUGGGCUCCUGUUGGCCUCGGUCUACGGCUUCGUCGACGCCAGAGACAGGUGCUUCCCCUGGGAGAUGCUAGAACAGCUCGGGGUCUUCCUGCGUCGCUCGAGGUCUCCGUGGGUUCUGGCUGGGGAUUUGAACCUGGCGCCUGAUGAUGUGCAGCUGUGUAAGUGGGUUGAGCUGCUCAAAGGGACGAUUGUGGCCCCGUCGGGGCCAACCUGUUUCUCCUCCAAGGAUGGCUCCACCAUAGACUACAUCGUGGUUAGCCAGGGCCUGGCCAACUUUGUCAGUGAUGUCAGAGCGAUCUACGGCGCGCCUUCGUCACCGCACGUCGCCGUUUCGCUGCAGCUCAAGGGGCCCGCGCCCAAGGCCCCGAUUCACGCCCGCGGGGCACGGAAACCGUUCCCCGCAGUCUUGCGGAUAGGCCCACUCCGUGAGCGUGCCGAACAUGCCUGGUUUUGGCCUGCUGGAGACACAGGGGGCGUGGUGUUGGAAGAUGCCUGGUGCCAAUGGCUCCUCAACAUGGAGCAAGAGCUCUGCAACCAGUUCGACCUGAUGGGGGCUGGGCAGCGGGGCUACACGCGCAGGGCUGACGGCCUCGAGCGGAAGCAGGUGCUGCUGGCCACGUCCAUGGAGGAGGCUGCCAUGUCUGGCAGCGGAGGCCAGAUGCGAGCCUGGAGAGCACUCGACGCCAUCUUGUCCAGAUUCCGCGGUCUCCGGGGCCACGCCCAAGACGACAGGGGCCAGGCGGCAGUGGAGCAGGAGGUCUCACUCACGUCCUUGGGUUUCGUGCUGCCUGACUACGCGUCGCCGAGCACGGGGCCGCCACCGUUGUCGAGCGCAGCCUGGCCAUCGCUCUCUGAGUCCACCACGGCCGACGCGCCUCGUCCGGAGCCUGCGGACAGUGAAGUUGCGCACGCCACGUCGCCGCAGCCACGGGCCGCUGCAGUACGCAGGCGUUGGAGAGCCGCCGACACUCGUCAGGCUCUGCUGGACGAGCUGGACCACCUCGACCUCUCGGAGCUCACAGGUGUAGAGUCGAUCGAGUUCGACCUGCACGAGCUGCGAACCACGGCGGUAGCUGGAGGACAUGACCUGGAGAUGCUUGCCUCCAACGUGCACAAUGCAGCGCUGGAGGCGCCCCGGGCGGCGGCCAAGCAGCAGCUGCAGGAGUGGCGCGAGCGGGCUCAGUCUGGCGUCAAGUCAGGCGGCCGCCGAGCGCGCCGAUUCUUGAAGGAUCACCCUCAGGUGCGGGGCCCCACUGCCCCAGAGGGCUGGCCGCUCCAGGGAGACGCGGCAGCGCAGGCGACGCACGACGAGUGGCUGCAAUACUGGGGGGGGGGCGCCAAGGAGAGCAUCACCCAUAUACAAGGUGCGGUUGCUGAUCAGGAGUUGCUGGAGAGGCCGACCUUGGAGCGG